AUGGGCCGGGGAGCCGAGGCCCCGGAUUCCCGCAAGAGGCCCCUCGAAACGCCCCCCGAGGUGGUCUGCACCAAGCGCAGCAACACGGGAGAGGAGGGUGAAUACUUCCUGAAGGUGCUGAUCCCUAGCUACGCAGCGGGCUCCAUCAUUGGCAAGGGCGGGCAAACCAUCGUGCAGCUACAGAAGGAGACAGGAGCCACCAUCAAGCUCUCCAAGUCCAAAGACUUCUAUCCGGGAACCACAGAGCGAGUAUGCCUGGUGCAGGGCACAGCAGAGGCCUUGAACGCCGUGCACAGCUUUAUUGCCGAGAAGGUCCGAGAAAUCCCACAGGCGAUGACCAAGCCUGAGGUGGUCAACAUCCUUCAACCCCAAACCACAAUGAACCCCGACAGAGCCAAGCAGGCCAAGCUGAUUGUCCCCAACAGCACAGCGGGCCUGAUCAUCGGCAAGGGAGGCGCCACGGUGAAAGCCGUGAUGGAACAGUCGGGGGCCUGGGUGCAGCUGUCCCAGAAGCCGGAGGGCAUCAACCUGCAGGAGCGCGUGGUGACGGUCAGCGGCGAGCCCGAGCAGGUGCACAAGGCCGUGAGCGCCAUCGUGCAGAAGGUACAGGAAGACCCCCAGAGCAGCAGCUGCCUCAACAUCAGCUACGCCAACGUGGCUGGCCCCGUGGCCAACUCCAACCCCACCGGCUCACCGUACGCCAGCCCCGGGGCGGCUGGUGGCUUCCUGACAGCAGAGAAGUUGGCAGCUGAGAGUGCCAAGGAGCUGGUGGAGAUCGCGGUGCCUGAGAACCUGGUGGGAGCCAUCCUGGGCAAGGGGGGCAAGACGUUGGUGGAGUACCAGGAGCUGACAGGCGCCCGAAUCCAGAUCUCUAAAAAGGGCGAGUUCCUGCCAGGCACGCGGAACCGGCGGGUCACCAUCACCGGCAGCCCCGCGGCCACGCAAGCCGCUCAAUACCUCAUCAGCCAGCGGGUCACCUACGAGCAGGGAGUGAGGGCCUCAAACCCCCAGAAAGUGGGAUGAGGCCUGUGGUGUGUGCUCCCACCCUUCUCCCUAUGCCUCCUCCUCCUCCUCUCCCUCCUCCUCCUCCUCUUCCUCCUCCUCCUCUUCCUCCUUCUCCUCCCCAACUCUUGACCUCAGCUCGGUGUGGUCCUGCUCCUCCUGGGAUUGGGGCUGGGGUUGGUCUGACUGCACCCCCCUCCCUUCUGGUAGUUCAUAGGCAGGAUUGAGAGAUGGCUGGGGAUGGAGCCCACAGCUCCCUCCCUGGCCCUGAACUGACCCCUCCUUCCUUCCUUCCUCC